GGCAGAUUUUAUAGUAAUCUAGUAAAGAGGUCUCCGUCGAAAGAUUUUCAAGUCUUUCUGGAUGUCUUUCAUAGUUUUUCUUCAGAUUUUAUCUGCUUUUCUUACAUUGUCUUCUGUUCAGUUGCUUGUAUCUAAUCAUGGCAGCAUGUUGUGCAUUUUCAGCAAAAAAAAAAAGAGGAAAGUGGACAUGUGACAAAGAAAACUAGUGUCUGUAAAAUAUAAAUACACGAUCAUCUAUAGUUCCCCUCAGGACUAACGCUGUUGCUAAAGUCUGACAAACCGACAUCUUUUUAAAUUCUUUGCUAAGUUUUCCAGUUACUGCAGGUGUCGACCCAACUGAGUCUUCUCAGUCUGAAUGAGUCCGAGUUGAAACAUUCUCCUGAAGAUAUUUGCACCAAGUUCAUCUGAUCUACAACCUGAGGCGUUAUCAGAGGCUAAACUGAACCUCCAUACUGAACAUCCACAACCAAACUGAUGAAAGGUGACUAAAGUCUGUUUUCCCGGACUUCAACAACAAAAUGGAGUUUGCAACCCGUCAGAUGUGGCUGCUGACGUUUGUUCUGGCUGGGGUUAACCUCAUCAGCGGAUACAGCUUUCAGUACUGUGUUGCAGAUCCCUCCUCGAACUGGACAGGUUUCAGAUGCUGCGAGAACCGAAUAGUCAAAAACUUGUCUGUGACACUGACAAGUGACCUGCCGAAAUCUGCCAUCAGCCUCCUAGUCAAUUUCAGAAACAUGUCAUGGAUGUUAAACAACAGCUUGGCUCAUCUACCAAACCUGCAAAACCUCAGAUUAGAUGAAAAUAAACUGUCACGGAUUGAUCCUUUGGCUUUCCAGAAUUUGCAUCAGCUUAAGUCUCUGAAUUUGUCCCGUAACAACUUAUCGAAGCUCAGUCCUCUUGUGUUUGAGAACCUACAUAACCUGACCUUCCUCUCCCUGUCGUACAACAAGCUAAAAGAGUUCCCUGACGGUAUUUUCUCCGGCGUUCCCAAUCUAAGCGCUUUACAUCUGAGGGAAAACUCUCUGAAAGGUUUCUCAGACAUUGUGAAAUCCGUAGCUCAUCUAAAGAAUCUGACGACGCUGGACCUUUGCUCCAACCAGCUGACUUCUCUCAGCCACUCUAAUGCGUCUCUGCCCCGAUCCCUCAACGUGUUGUAUCUGUGCAACAAUAAUCUGCGUACUUUAGGGUGCAAGUCAUCCUUUUUCAAGUUUAUCGAGGUCCUUGAUUUGUCAAACAACAAUUUGCUUCCUACGGAAGCUUUUCAGGGACUGAAUUUGAGCCACGUAAAUAGUCUGCGUUUGAACUCAACACGCGUCAAAAUAGUGGAGUUUUUAAAUGCAAGCAACAUCUAUGCAGGUCACGUUGACUUUUCUGGUACUCGUCUAAACAAAAACAGUCGCAUCACGCAGCUGUGCGAAAAGCUACAAAGAAAACUAAAUACGAUCAAAAAAUUUCUGUUGUCUUAUAACGGAAUCAAGACGGUAAGACAUCUUAAUCUGUCCCACUGUCCUGAAAUGACCGGAGUUCUGGAUUUAUCCCACAACGACCUGAAAACCAUAAAAGACCUGAGCUUUCUCGGUAAUCAAACACACAUUACUACGUUCAUUGCUGAGCACAACCACCUGUCCUCUCUUCCAGACUCUAAGAAGGACGCUGUUCAAUUCGAAAGUUUGGAAGAGCUCAGCUAUCGUUACAAUCGCAUCCUCUCAGUCGACCGCGGUGCGUUCCAACAGAUGCCAAAUCUUAAAAGCCUGAAACUCAACAUCAAUAAUUUAGCUUUCCUUCAUCAACAAGCUCUUAAAGGUCUCAGACAACUUCAGACCCUCCGACUGGACAACAACCUUCUGACCGAUCUAUUUAAUGUGACAUUUGAAGAUAACGUCAGCCUGCAAGUCCUGAAUCUGCGCAACAAUCGCAUUUCUGUUAUAUUUAAUGGAACUUUUUUUAACCUCAGGAACUUAACUACAUUGGACCUUGGGGGCAAUAAGAUCAGCUAUUUUCAGCCCUCUGGCUUUGACGGGCUCACACGCCUGUCUAACCUCUACCUGGAUCUAAACAACCUCAAAAAGAUCGACUUAUCACACCAAGUGUUCAAACAUACGCUCACGGUGCUGGAUUUAAGCUCCAACAACAUUCGCUUCUUAAAAGAUGAAACCAUUUCACCAUUUGCGAAUCUCAGCCGGCUCAGAGAUCUGAAACUUUCCGGGCAGAGGAAUUAUGGCCUCACUAUUUUACCUCGCACGUUAUUCCGAGGCCUCCGCUCGCUGGAGUCUUUGUAUCUCACCGACAACCAAAUCUCUCAUCUUUUUCCUGAUGCCUUUGAUGAUCUGACAGCCUUGCGCUUCAUGACCCUGGAUAACUGCUGCGUCGGGGUGACCCAGUUACAACCAGGAGUCUUCAAAAAUCUAAGAAACUUGACCAGAUUAGUUCUAGAAAAUAUGGGAAUCCAGAACAUUUCCAAGGGGGUGUUUGGGAAUCUCACCCAGCUGCGUGUACUUCAGCUCAAUCAUAAUGUGAUGCAGAACAUUCCCACUGAUGCGUUGGAGAGUUUACCUAGCCUCCAGUACCUGGACAUUCGGGACAUCCCUCUAAGCUGCACCUGCAGGAACAGCCUUCUGCAGGAUUACACUGUCAACAACCCGGACGUUCAGGUUGUUCAUCUCUACGCGCUGAAAUGCCAACAGAAUAAAAUGAUCCAUUUUUACAACUUUGACACCAAAGUGUGUUAUAUCGAUCUGGGAAAGUACUUGUUCUUAAGCACUGCUGCCGCCAUCUUCCUGUUUACUGUCACUCCUUUAUUUUACGUCAAACUCUACUGGAAAAUCAAAUACAGCUACUACGUCUUCCGAUCCUGGUUCGGAGAGCGCUGGAAUAGGCUCAGAGAAAAUGAGGAAAACUGCAAAUACGACGCGUUUAUCUCCUACAACUUUUCCGAUGAAGAGUGGGUGAUGCGUCAGUUGCUGCCCAACCUGGAGGGAAAUGGCUCCGGAUUGAAACUCUGCCUGCAUCACCGGGACUUCGAGUUGGGCCGCAACAUCGUAGACAACAUUGUCGCGGCGGUGUACAGCAGCCGCAAAACCGUCUGUGUGGUGAGCCGGAGCUUCCUACAGAGUGAGUGGUGCUCUCUGGAAAUUCAGCUCGCCAGUUACCGACUCUUUGAUGAGCACAGAGACGUUCUUCUGCUCGUGUUUCUGGAGCCCGUCUCUGAGAGGCAGCUGUCGUCCUAUCACCGCAUGAGGAAGGUGAUGCUGAAAAAGACGUACCUGCAGUGGCCCGGCUCAGACGGCACGAGUCCCCCGCAGGCCCAGGAGCUGUUCUGGAAUCAGCUACGCAGGGCGAUUAAAGCAGGGAGCAAAGUGGAAACGGAAGACAACAGAAGUGAGGACUUUGCUCCAGUAAGCAAAAACGUGAACAUUUAG